AUGGCACCGCUCGUCCCCGUUUUCUCCGCAGAUACGCUCCCCGACCACGUUAACAUCGUGCGCCGCAACUUCAUCGAAAAGAAGCGCAAAGGCACGCAAAUUGAGUUGAAUGAAUGCCCAUUGCUAGAAAUGACACAAUACUCCUGUAACCCGCCACAGGAGGCGCUCCCACAACCAGGCCAAGUUGUCUGUAAGCCUAUCGUGCGGCUGUUCCGAAAGUGUGCGGAUGGCUUAACUGUUGAGACAACAUCAUGGGAACCUUUAAGGCAAGCAGAAGAAGCGAGGACGAAUGCCAAAUUCGAGACGCGGUCUACAACGACUUCCGAGAUGAAGUGA